GUAGUGAGGCCCUGCUGUUUGUUCAGCCAGAGAGGCAGAGAAGAAAAAUGGCGGCCCUAGGCGAACCUGAACGGGACGCCGGGCUAACGUUUUGAGCUUUCACAUUCGAAGGGACACGGGGGUCUUCAAUGUGCUGUGGUGUUUUUGUGGUCCACGUUUGUUCAGCUCUGUAGGGGCACUGUUUUCGCUCGCCUUUGCGUAUGUCAUUUGUACGCAAACCUUGGGAUUCUAAAGUAAUAGAUUUCGCCUAAGAUGAGAGGGAAAAGGGGCAGGCCGCCCAAAGCGCUACAAACCGAUGAGGCAUCCCCAGCUACAACCCGGGGUUUGCGACCAAGGAGGAACCUGAAGCCCAGGUUUAGAGACAGCGGGGACGAGGACGCCGAUAGCCCGACAAGGGAGCCCCCCAAAUCGGCCAGAAAGAGGAAAGCAACGUCAACGCGGGGCAGGGGACGAGGCAGAGGUGGCGGUGGUGGUGGACGAGGAGGUAGAGGUGGUCGCGGUGGAAGGCGGACGGCUGUGUCCAAAACAGUGGUGUACGAUGACCACGAGAGUGACGAGGAGGACGAUGCUGUGAGUUUACGGUCAGAGGAGGACGAGUUUGUUGAGGAGGAACCCCAGUCCGAGGAGGAUGAGGCCCUCAAAGAGGAUUCUGAUUGCCUGGAAGACGAUGUGCUGGAGGAGGAAGAGGAUGGUGCCAGCUUCUGCACCGAGAGUAGCUUUCGGAGUCAGAGCACUCACGCCAGCACUCCGGGAAAGAAGAAGGUACGGGCUCCCCGCCCUCGCACUCCUGUUCUCGAAGACAAGGAAAUCCCUCCCCUUGAGCUUCCAGAGACCUCUGAGGAUCUCUUGGUGCCCAAUGAGGAGCUUCUCAACAUCACUUCUGUCUAUGAGGUGCUGAGGAACUUCAGCACGGUGCUGCGUCUCUCCCCUUUCCGCUUUGAGGACUUCUGCGCUGCGUUAGUCGGCCAGGAGCAGUGCACGUUAAUAGCAGAGACUCAUAUCUCCCUGUUGAAGGCCAUCCUACGCGAGGAAGAUUCCUCCAACACUACUUUUGGCCCGGCAGACCUUAAGGACAGCGUUAACUCUACUCUUUACUUUAUCGAUGGCAUGACGUGGCCCGAAGUUUUGCGGGCUUACUGUGAAAGCGACAGAGAGUUCCACCAUGUUCUGCCAUAUCUGGAGAUGGACGAAUAUCCCUGUGGUUCUCUAGAAAGCAAGAUUAGGGUGCUACAGUUCUUAGUGGACCAGUUUCUUACUACUAACAUUGCCCGUGAGGAGCUCAUGUCUGAUGGCAGCAUGCAGUACGAUGACCACUGCCGUGUGUGUCACCGUCUGGGAGACCUGCUGUGUUGUGAGACUUGUUCUGCAGUCUACCACCUGGAGUGUGUUAAGCCACCGCUAGAAGAGGUUCCUGAGGAUGAAUGGCAGUGUGAGGUUUGUGUGGCACACAAGGUGCCUGGAGUCACAGACUGUGUGAUGGAGGCACAGAAAAACCGGCCCUACAUCCGUCAGGAACCCAUCGGAUAUGAUCGGCAUCAGAGGAAAUACUGGUUCCUAAAUCGAAGGAUUAUUAUUGAAGAAGAUGGGGAGAACGAGAAGAAAAAGAUCUGGUACUACAGCAGCAAAGCACAGCUGGAGGAGUUGGUUGAGUGUCUGGAUAAGGAAUACUGGGAGACGGACCUUCACGCCACUCUGGAAGAUAUGAAGCAGGAAAUGCAAGCCCACAUGGACAUCACAGAGGAUCUUACCAACAAAGCCCGUGGAAACAAUAAGGCCUACCUCACUGCUGUCAAUGAGGUGUCCAUGGAGCGUUUGAAGAUCAGGCGAAAGGUGCAGGAAGCAAAGAAACGAGCAGCGGAGACAAAGAAGGAAACAGAAGGGGGCUCUGUAAACACAGCUGGGGACAAUGCUGAGCUCUCGGCACAACAAAACAAGGCGGAGGAUGCUGAGCCAACAGAAUACACUAGUUCACAAGCAGCUACCGAUCAGCCUCCUUCAGAGGAGAGAUGUGUGUCGGACAAACCUGUCUCUGCCUCCCAGGAUGCAGCUGCAUCUAAGAUCGAUUCUCUUGAGUCAAGCAAUGAAACACAAAUUGCUCAUUCUUGGAACCAGAAGAGUGGGGACUCCCCUCAACUGGCGAAGCAGGGAUGGACAGAUGACCACCAGAAGUCAGAGUCUACAUGUGAAGAUGCAGAAGGUGGUAAAUCAUUGUCACCAGCCCAAGAUGAAUCCCGUGAGCAGUCAUGUCAGCCAGAUGCAGCGAGUAACAGCAGCCAAGUUUCUGCUGUUGGGGGUCCCAAGAAGGCGGAGCCACCUGAUUUGGCCGACAGGUCCUCCCAGUCCUCUUUUACCAGCCAAGACGGGACCGAGGACUACAAUGAAAGGAUUGAGAAGGAGAGUGGAGCAGGGCAAGACUCGAGAAAACAAAUGGAGAGAGACAGCGAAGAGUCAUCUCCUGGACACUCUGCUGCUGACACCCCACGUCUCAGCUUCUUAAAAAGGGACCUGGCGGUGAAUUUAAACACCUUGUUUAAGCUGGGUCAGGAGGGUAAAUACAGGGUAUUCCAGAACCAAUACAGCACCAACGCCUUGGCACUCAACAAACAUCAGCACCGGGAGGACUAUGACAAGAAACGCCACCUCUCACACAAGUUCAGCCUGACCACGGCGUCGGAGUUCAAAUGGAACGGAUCGAUCCACGGGUCACGCAGCCUGACGGUCACCACGCUCCGCCUGACUAUAAUCCAGCUGGAAACAAACGUCCCCGGACCAUUUAUGCACCCCAACUGGGCAUCACACAGGACCAACUGGAACAAAGCAGUACAGAUGUGCAGCAAGGCCAGGGAGUUUGCUUUGGCCCUGGCUAUCCUGGAGUGUGCAAUUAAACCAGUGGUUAUGCUGCCUGUGUGGAAAGAUUCUCUUGGCCACACAAGAAUGCAUCGGAUGACCUCUAUGGAGCGGGAUGAGAAGGAGAAGGUUAAAAAGCGGGAGAAAAAACUUGAAGAUGAAGAGACUUUGCUGCAAGCCACAUGGGUGAAAUACACCAUCCCCAUCAAACACCAGGUGUGGAAGCAGAAAGGGGAAGAGUAUAGAGUAACAGGGUAUGGUGGUUGGAUCUGGGUCAGUAAGACGCACGUGCCACGCUUUGUUCCAAAGCUGCCAGGGAACACUAACGUAAACUACCGCAAAGAGCUAGAAGCCAAGUUGAGAAAAGAAAAUGCAGCACCUGCCAUUAAGACGGAGGAUUUGAAAGAAAGCGAAAAGCAGGUCACCCAGAGCACAGAGGACAAGGAGCAGGGACCCAACUCUGCAUUGUCUCAGGUUGCUUCUUUGGCUAAUGACACCGAACUUCACAGCAACAACGUAGAAGAAAAACCUGUAAAGGAUGAGCAAGUAAAACCAGCUGAUGAAGAUGAAAAAGUGGAUGUCAACUCCAGCCAAAAGGUUCCUGACAAAGGAGAUGAAGUCAAAAGCAACAGCCCUUCCCCAGCUAUUACAGGAAAAGAACCAACGCAGAUACCUGCAGAACCCAAAAAUGAGGAGAUCCCAGCCAAAAUCUUCUACGAUGUUGUGAACGUCAGCGAGGGUUUCCAGUUGCGGACGGCAUACAAGAAAAAGGUAAAGCCGUCCAAGCUAGACGGACUCCUGGAGCGCCGGGUCAAACAGUUUACCGUGGAGGAGAAGCAGAGACUCGAGCGGAUGAGGCAGGCGGCCUGCUUGUCCAAAGUGACAGCCACAAAACAAAGCGCUGGGGUUAAGACGGAAGGAAGAGCAAAUGGGAAACAGCAGCAAAAUGCUUUGACCUCCAGCGUUAAAACAGAAGAGACGGUGGAAAACCUUCAAGUGGGAGAUCCUGUGGUUAAAAAGCUGGACUUUGAUGAGGAGAGUAAGAAGGCAGACAGCGUGGGCAUUAAAUCUGAGGCUGCUGUAUCCAGCCAGAGUAACGUAGCGGAGAGGAUUGCUUUACAUGGGAACAAGGGGGAUGAUUGUUCUCAUAAGGAAGUGAACGGAGAACCUGAACCCAACAGUGAAAACAAUUGUCUGUCGGAAACAAAUGGAAACAACCAAAUGGCACAGAGAAUCGGAGAGAAUCCUAAGAAACGUGGAUACGAUGAAAUGAAUCAAGGCAGCGGACAGACGGACUCAGAGGGCGCGGAGGCCGCCCAAGGUGAAAGUGGUCUGUCACAGAUUAACGGCAGAACCGGAUGUGCAGACUCUGCCUCUCGAGUCCAGGGCGAUGCGUUAGAUCCUGAGAAAGAGCCUGUUAAGUCUUUGAUGAAUGGGAACCUCUCACAGAACGAACUGUCCAGCGAUGCACACCAGCCACCCCUGAAAGUACCAAAAUUAGAGAACCACAUUGAAGACAAAGAAGAAUCUCUUAAUAAGGGUGAUUAUUCAGCCAUAAACAGAGAGGGGCCACUCCCUAUAAAGCUUGAAUCGACCAGCACUUCUUGUCACAAUAGUAAUAUUCCAGAUAGUUGCACUUCUAAUGAGGAUGUAAAGACAUCCUUCACUAAAAUCUCCUUAAGGGAGCCUCAAAAUUCCUCUAUGUACGACACACCCAACAGUUUUAGUAAGACUCAUCUAACUCCUCUAGCAAGUAGCUCAGCGUCCUCCGAUAACGUUCCUACUACCACCCAGCCCAGCUUAGCAGCAGCUGGCUCCCUGAGGAGAAAACCCAGCAGCACCAAAAUGACCGUCCCUGCUUCCACGUCAGCUAGCUCUAUGAUGAUUAGUAAAGAAUAUUCCACAAAAGACAGAGUCAACCUGCUCCGGUUCUCUAAAUUCAAGAAAGCCCGCUCGGGCACAGCGUUGCCGUCCUACCGUAAAUUUGUGACCAAGAGCAGCAAGAAGAGCAUUUUUGUCCUGCCAAAUGAUGACCUGAAGAGGCUGGGGAGGAAGGCGGGCAUUAAGGAAGUACCCAUCUUCAGCUACAAUGCCAAGCCUGCACCCGAUAUAUGGCCCUACCCUUCACCUCGGCCCACCUUUGGGAUCUCAUGGAGAUAUCGUCUUCAGACUGUUAGGUCCUUGGCAGGCGUUAGCUUGAUGCUUAGGCUGCUGUGGGCGUGCCUCAGGUGGGACGACAUGGCUGUGAAGCCUUCCGCUGCGGUGGGAACAACUCGGAAAGAAACUACAGACACGGACAUAAUCACAACAGAGAUUAUUAGACGCAGAGAUGUUGGGCCCCAUGGCAUUCGCUCUGAAUACUGCAUCAGGAAGAUCAUCUGCCCCAUCGGAAACAGGGACACUCCCAAAGAAACUCCAACUCCUCAAAGGAAAGGGCUUCGCUCGAGUGCCUUGAGGCCUAAAAAGCAGGAACCAGCCAAACAGACUGGGCCUGUCGCUGUGGAAACCUGGGUCCCUGAAGAGGAGCUGGAGCUUUGGGAAAUAAAAGCCUUUGCAGAGAGAGUGGAAAGAGAGAAGUCUCAAGGUUUAGAUCCAUCCAAAACCAGUGGUACUCUGAAGACCACAGAGGAAGUCAAGGCCCAUUUGGAGAAUCAGCUGAAGCAGGCCAGACUUGCUGCCCAGCAGAAACGUCUCGAGCAGCAAAAACUGACCACCACUGUGACUACUGCCACAACUACCACCACCAGCACCACUGCAGUCAGCGCUCCCAGUACACCGACCUCUACAGGCCAGACGACGAGUCAGAUAACAUCUGGAGCUAAGAUGGUCCUGGCCUCCAGGCUGGGCUCCCCAGCUCCAUUCCAGCAAGACAAGAACUUCCACCAGUCCUUUGCUUCCUGGGUGAAGCAGGGCCAGAACAACAACAGCUCAGCCUCCGCGGGCUCGGUGGCCACGGUGGCCGGCAGCAUCACCACCUCAGAGCAAACCUUCCAGAUCGCUGGCAGCCCAGUGACUGUGGCUGGGCACGUCCUCGCCGCCAAACUACCACUGGCCGCUAACAGCAAGAUUGUCACACUCAAUGUGCCUUCUACUCAAGGAGGAGGUCUCGUUCAACAGAAGGUUCUGGGCAUUUUCCCCUCUGGGCCUCCUGCAAACCUGAGGACAUACAGCACAUUACAUCCUACAACUGGGAACAUGAACCUCAGAGCUGCAACCUCUGCUUCAAGCACCCAGCAGAAGGCCAUCACCACAGUGAGUCAGACACAACCGGGCGCAACAGGUAACCAGUUAACUUCUCCGUCGAUCUCUAUGGGCUCAACAGUGGUUCGAAAUUCAACAAUUGUUCAGCAGGGUCAGUCUCAACAGGCUGCAGUCACAGCUGCCCCCGGUAUGGCUCCUGCUCCAAGAGCUGCAGCUUUGGCAUCCUCUUCUGGUGCUGUCCCCACAACUCCUGUUGCAUCCUCUCAGGCCCAGAGACCACAGCAGGGCCAAGUAAAGCUCACCAUGGCUCAGCUCAUGCAGCUGACACAGAGUGCCCAGGGGGGGAACCCAGGCCUGACAGUAGUGAUCCAGGGUCAAGGCCAGACCCAGGGACAACUUCAAAUCAUCCCACAGGGUGUCACGGUCAUCCCUGGCCCUGGUCAGCAGCUAAUGCAGGCAGCCAUGCCCAAUGGACAGGUCCAGCGCUUCCUCUUCACUCCUGUGGCCCCGUCGUCAACACCUUCAACUUCAGCUCCCCUGAAUGAUACCCCUGCGAAACCCGCUACAACUCUAAGCCCUCAAAACCAGAUUCCUAUUCCAACUCAAGGACCAGCCGCAGCGCACGUCCAGACAACUCCAUCAGCCUUAGCCCAAGCUCAAAUGGCCGCACCUCUUCCUGCUCCUAUGCGUGUUGCAAGCCCCUCACCAAAGCCCACAUGUGCCCCCGGCCCAGCUUCUGUUCCUGUUCAGACCCAAGUCAGAUCCACCGUGACUGCAUCACAACUAGCUGCGUCAGCUCAGGCUUCUCCACAAGCACACAUUUCAGCUGCUUCAGCCAUCCCUUCACGUUUGCACAUGUCUUCUCCUGCACCUUCUAGAACACAGCCUUCUACACAGGUGUUAACCUCCACACAACCACCAAUUGUUGCAGAACCUCAAGUGGUCACCUCUUUCAGUGACUCGACACAAAAUAUAAGUGUGAUUUAUAAGCAAGGCCUCCCCUCCACCCCUACACAUAUUCAAGCUGUCCCCCAAACCCUGAUCUCCACACUUACAACAGGUUCACCUCCUGCACAAAACCAAACUGCAAGUUUGCCUCCUGUUCCAGGACAUACCCAAGUCCAGUCCCAGUCUGUCUGUGCAGCACCAGGCUCAACCUCAACCCACCUCCAGAUGCAGACCUCUACCCCUGUGCCUGCUUUGUCACCUGUGCCAGCCACCCAAGCCUCAGCCCAGAUUCCUGUUUCCGCUUCACUACCUUCACCUGUCCAAAUACCAACACCGGCCCUUGCACCUGUCUCUGCUCCACUUGUAGCUGUUGUGUCCACCCAAGUUUGCAUCCCUUCCCCAGCCAAAGCUCCAACCCAAAUACCAGCUGCACCUUCUGUGCCCUUUCAUGCAGCUAUGGCGAAUGCUGUGGUCACACCGGUCACAGCCACCUCUACCAUACCUUCAGUGCCAGCUCUGAUAGAACCGAGGGCAGCUCAGCCCAAAAACUGGACUUCGUCUUCUUCUCAGGCUCCAGGUCAGACAGUUCAGCAGGCUGCAACUCCAGUUACACCCCCUGCUAUGGCGUCUGUACCUGCCUCCGCUCCUGCACCUGUCUCCAUCCAUUCUCCCAUCGCUCCUUUGCCUCAGACAUCUCAGACUCCACACUCUCAAGUACUGGUCCAGCAUCCUGCCAUUGUAUCAAUGCAGCAGGUGUCUCGUGUGGCGGCAUCAACAGUGCAGGUUAAUAUGAAGGGAUUGCCAGUUUCCUCCGUUGUGUCCACUGUAAGACCCGCACAGCUCCACACCUGCGGACAAGUCCAGCAAAUGCCACACAUCCAGCCUCAAACCCACCCCCAAGUGCAAGCUCAAGUUCAGCCCCAGAUCAGAGUUCAGUUUCAACCACAGGCACAAAUACAGCCACAAACACAACAAUCACCUCAACCCCAAGUGCAACCCCUUACUCAGGUCCAGUCCUCUACGCAGCUCCAGGCCAGGGCACAACCUCAGUACCACCCCCAGGUUCAAGCUUCAUUUCAAACACAAACUCAAACUACGCAACAGCCUCUGAUUCAGUCUCAGCCUCAGGCACAAUCUCAGGCCCAAGCUCAGCUUCAACCUCAGCCCCAGAUCCAAACCCAACUCCAGCCCCAGCUUCAGAUCCAGCAGCAAAGCCAGAUUCAUGCUCAGAUUUCACAGCAGCCCCACGGCCAUGUUCAGUCCCACAUUCAAACCCAAGUCCAAACACAACCUCAGUUUUCGAUCCAGUCACCACAACAAACCCAAGCCCCACAACCGCUGCAGGUCCAGCCCCAUGGCACGGUCCAGGCAAAACUCCAGGUCCAGUUCCAACAUCAGAACCAAUCUCAAGUGCAAGCGCAGCCUCAGCUUCAGGUCCAGUCUCCAAUCAGACAUCAGCUCAUCACUGUUUCAGGUCUUCAGCAACCAGUCCAGCUCCUCUCUGCCCUGCCACCUCAUGUCGCUGCCCAGAUCCAGGCCCAGAUUCAGGCGCAGGCCCAGCAGCAGGGGGGCCCGGUUCCCCAGCAAAUCAAGCUGCAGCUGCCUAUCCAGAUCCAGCAGGCAGGGGGCCAGAUUCAAGCCCACCAGAUCCAGAACAUGGUGACCAUACAGGCACCAGCAAGUAUUCAAGAGCAGCUUCAGAGAAUGCAGCAGCAACUACAACAACCACCAAAGAAGAAGAAACAUAAUGAGGCUAAAAGGGAACCCAAAGAGCAAAAUCUGCAGGUUAUUGGUCCUAAGGACGGCAUUCAGAAGCAGGUGGCGGUAAAGCAAAACACUUCAGCAGAACAGCUAAAACAGAGAAAGACCCUGGCUGCAGCAGAGCGGGAGGAAAACCAGAGAAUGAUCGUGUGCAACCAGGUGAUGAAGUUCAUCCUGGACAAGAUUGAGAAGGAUGAGAAGCAGGCCGCUAAGAAAAGAAAGAAGGAGGAGGUGGUUGAGCAGAAACGCUCCAAACAGAACGCCACCAAACUGACUGCGCUGCUGUAUAAGCACAAAGAGCAACUGAAGGCUGAAAUCCUGAAAAAGAGGGCCCUGCUGGACAAGGAGCUGCAGCUGCAAGUACAGGAGGAGCUGAGGCGGGAUUUAGCCAGGCUACAGAAAGAAAGGGAGAAAGCCCGCGCUGCCAUUACCCAGGCUGCUGCAGCAACGGUCAAGGCAGCUUCCUCUCUCUCGUCCCACCUUACUCACUCCUCACAUUCCUCUCACAGCUCCCACUCUUCAACGUCCUCGUCCCAUAAACGGAAGAGAGAAGACGAGAGGGACAAAGACAAAAGCAGAGAUAGAGACAGGCAUCACGAGAAGAACAAGAAACGGGACAGGGACAAGGACAGAGACCGACACAGAGACAGAGAAAAAGACAGAGAGUGGGACAGGCUUCAGGAUAGAGAUCGAGACAAGGACAAGGAUCAGGACGGGGAUCUGGAACGAGAUUCCAGCUCACUAAAACACAAGAAAAAGAAGAAAAAGCUGUCUUCUACCUCAAAGGAUCAUAAGAAGGACACCAAACUGUACUGUAUCUGCAAAACGCCGUAUGACGAGUCUAAGUUCUACAUUGGGUGUGAUCUUUGCUCCAACUGGUUUCACGGUGCCUGUGUAGGAAUCACAGAAAAAGAGGCCAAAAAGUUGGAGGACUUUGUGUGUAACGACUGUAAACGUGGUCAGGAGGGACAAAGCAGCGAGGAACUGUACUGCAUUUGUCGGACGCCUUAUGACGACACCCAGUUUUAUAUAGGGUGUGAUCGCUGCCAGAACUGGUACCACGGGCGCUGUGUGGGCAUCCUGCAGAGCGAAGCCAAUCACAUCGACGUGUACGUUUGUCCGCAGUGUCAGUCGACAGAAGACGCGAUGACUGUCCUGUCACCGCUCACCGACAGGGACUAUGAGGGUCUGAAGAGAAUAUUACGUGCAUUACAGUCUCAUAAAAUGGCAUGGCCUUUUCUAGAACCGGUGGAUCCUGACGAUGCACCAGAUUAUUACCGCGUCAUCAAGGAGCCAAUGGAUUUUUCCACAAUGGAAACCCGCUUACAAAAGCGACAUUACCUGAAGCUCACAGAGUUUGUGGCAGACGUGACCAAAAUCUUUGACAACUGUCGCUACUACAACCCCAACGACACACCCUUCUUUCAGUGCGCUGAGGUGCUUGAAGCCUUCUUUGUCCAGAAGCUGAAAGGCUUUAAGGCGAGCAGAUUGUCAGAUUCUUAAGUGUGCCAGUCUAGCUGGAGUCUGGACUGGAUGCUGGGGUCUCUGUUGACACUGAAAUAAAAAUUAUGCGUUUCCAAAACAGCAAAAUCUCAAGAUAAACCUCACAGACACACAACCACCAAAAUACGCUCUUUUGUUGCUUUGUUUUGAGUUUUUUUUCUGAAGGAAGAAGUUGUAAUUAUAACAGGAAAGAUGGCAAACUGGCAGUCAUGUUGAUAUCAUGUUCUCUUUCACAGCACAUUAGGAUACUGGCCUUUCUGAUCAGCCAAGCUUUCUAUGUAUUGUUUUAAAUGCAGUUUACUUCCAAUCUUGUAUUUAUUUCUGUUUAAACAUCUCAGUUGAAUUGGACAUGUUGAAGGUGUUGACUAAAGUAUAAAAAGGUGCAUAUUUUAUUAUAAAGGUAUAUUUAUGAAACGUUUUGUAUGUUACUUCACCUUCGGUUUGGCUUCAUCUGAAUGUUAUCUACGUUUUAUGAUGUACAGUGGUUGUGAGAUAUGUCUGACUGUAUAUGACCCUUUUAAUAAAAAGAAAAAUAUAAUUUUAGAUUAGUAAUAUUUUAUUAGUCUAAAAUGGUCUGAAGAGUGAGAAGUGUGUCUUCCUGUUCCCUAAAUCACAAGGUAACCCUCCGUUUGCAGAUAUCGUCACUAAUAAAGUCAUUUCCACCAACAUGGCUGCACAACCUUAAGCUUACCUCUUUGUUUCUUCUGUCUGUUAGAUGAUCUUUCAUAUCUGCAGCAAUAAAGAAACUGAAGAGCUCUCAACUCUUCCCCUUUCUCCACAUCCUUUAGGUCUCAUAACAACAAGCUUCAGUCUUCAGCCUCUUAGACAGGAUCACACGUUUCGCAAACACAAUGCACUUGCCAAGAAUCUGGCUUUUCUGAACUGUGACUCUGUGACGCCCCGCCGCGUGACUGGGUCAGCCAGCACCGCCGCUUUCACAGGAUCCUUAAGGCUGAGCUGCCCUCUGCCCAUUUGGGGUGCAAGGGGGCACCUCUCAGGACCCUAUCCUCACAAGCAGGCCAGCGCAGAGAGGUGAGAACUGAGGCAAAUCGGAAGGAAGUUUACCUCGGAGAAAACUCACAUUUCCAUGUACUAAUUUUUUUUUUACUCCUCCCCCACCCUCUCCCAUACGUUGUAAAAAGACAUCCUCUGGCACUUCAUGUGUCUGCUCAAUUAGCAAGCAUCAUGUUUCAAGAGUUUUGUGUCUGAAUUCAGAUGUCGCAGUGGAACAAUGUUUUUCCUUGUGCAUUUCCACUCAUUGUUAAUUCUGAAGUGGCAUGAAAGAGUUUAAGUACUAAAGUACUAAAUAUGUGGACAUCAGUCGUCUUCUUGGUUAAACGUAUAUAAAUAUUCUACUGAGAGUGCGGUAAUAAGCUAUUGUAAAUGACUUGCUUUGCAGUAGUGACUGAAAACAACGAAAAGAUGUAUUUCAAGGUUCCUGCCCUGUUUAUAAAAAAUCAUCAGAUUUUGACUUGGUUUUUUUUUGUUUUUUUGUAUUACAGCUGAAGAAAUAUUGAUGUAUAUGAAACUUAAUAAAACUUAAAAGACUGA